AUGGCGUCCUUGGUCAGCGAGCAAAGCGCCCGAGGGGACAUCCCACUAGGGCGGCAGGUCAAGGAGACCCAGGGUGAGCUGCCCGCAGGUCGCGGGUAUGACACCACGGAAAAGAGCCCGGAAGCGUUGCCCAAGGUCAGCGCUAUCGGAGGGCCGGGGAAGCGGGGGUGGCGAACCUCCCGCUCCUCCGUGUUUCCGCAGAACGGCGACCUCAAGAAGCAGCUCCACGAAAGGCAGCCGCGGAUCGCCGCGCUCAGCGACAAACAAGCUUUGGGAGCCAUCACUGCAGUGCCUGUCACGGGUCCUCAGGUCAGCUCCUUGCAGAGGUUGGCCGGACAAGGAGCGGCCGUGCUACCUCAGGUUAGGCCAAAGACUCUGAUUCCAGACAGCCUCCCCGUCACCCCAGGCCGGGACCGGCCCCCCAAGCAGCCCCCCACGUUCCAGAAGGCCACCGUGGUCAGCGUCAAGAACCCCAGCCCGGCCCUCCCCACCGCCAACAACACCGUGAGCCAUGUGCCAACGCCCAGCAGCCAGCCCCAGGCCCUCGCCGAGUCCUCGGCCAUCACCUCCCCCCUGAGCGGCGCCGGGGUGGCCUACGCCAUCAUCUCCACCGCCCCCAGCAAUGCCACCGCCAUCGCCCCCAGCACCGCCGUGUCUGUGGUCAGCGACAGCGUCAUGGUCCAGCCCCUCCUCAUCAGUGCCGACAAGAAGGUCAUCAUCAUCCAGCCUCAAGUGCAGACGCAGCCCGAGAGCACGGCAGAGACGCGGCCGCCCACGGAGGAGCCAUCUCAGGGAGCUCAGGCCACCAAAAAGAAGAAGGAAGACCGGCCCCCGAGCCAGGAGAACCCCGAGAAAAUCGCCUUCAUGGUAGCUCUUGGCCUGGUCACAACGGAGCACUUGGAAGAAAUCCAGAGCAAGCGCCAAGAGCGGAAGAGAAGAAGCACAGCCAAUCCCGCCUACAGCGGCCUCCUGGAGACUGAGAGGAAACGGCUGGCAUCCAACUAUCUCAACAGCCCCCUGUUCGUCACAGCAAGAGCCAAUGAGGACCCCUGCUGGAAGAAUGAGAUCACCCACGAUGAGCACUGUGCCGCCUGCAAGCAAGGGGCCAAUCUGCAGCCCUGCGGCACCUGCCCGGGGGCCUACCACCUCAGCUGCCUGGACCCGCCCCUCAAGACCGCGCCCAAGGGCGUGUGGGUGUGUCCCAAGUGCCAGCAGAAGGCCUUAAAGAAAGACAGUGGCGUGCCCUGGUCCGGGAUGCUGGCCAUUGUGCACUCCUACGUCACCCACAAGACAGUCAAGGUAGAGGAGAAGCAGAAGCUGCGACAGAGAGGCAGCGAGCUACAGAGCGAGCUCCGGCAGCUGGAGGAGUGUGACCGGCGCCUGGCCUCGGCGGUGAAGAAAUGCCUAGAGCUUAAGACGAGCCUGCUGGCCCGGCAGAGGGGCACCCAGACAUCCCUGGACCGCCUGCGGGCCCUCCUGAGACUGAUACAGGGCGAGCAGGUGCUGCAAGUUGCCAUGACGACCACCGGCCCCGCCCCGCUGCUGGCCGGGCCCUGGACCAAGCCCUCGGCAGCAGCCAUGCACCCCGCCCUCCAGCAGCCCCAGGGGCACAACUGACCCCGAGGGACCGGCUUCACACCCACGGAAGGUUCCUGGGACCCCGCUCACCAGACCUGAGGGUUCUGUCCGCCUUAAUUCAUAAACACUAUGAAUUUCAGACGAAACUAAAACCAGACCGAGAGAGAGAGAGAGAGAGAGAGAGAGAGAGACGGAGGAAAGAAGGGGAGAAGGAACCGGGACGGGUUGGGAUGCAGUCCUACCCUCCACGUGCGGACGGGACCCCAGGAGGCCAGGUGGGCGCGAGACGGCCGGGCGCACAGUCCGUCCCCCGGCCGUUGGGGGGCUGGCCCGGGCCCCUGGCUUCCAGGCACAGCUGUCUCCCCGGCCUCGUGCUGCCCCCCGGGGGAGAGAAGGGCAGAGGAGGUUGGGAGGGGAGCCGGGGACCUAGCUGAGUAGUAGGGGUAGUUGGGACGAGCAGUGGGUAGCGAAUCUAGGUAGGGGCCCGGGGCUCGGGGCUCGAGGCCGCAGGGCUCCAGCGCCUUCCGGAUCGCGGGCCCUUGUCAGUCAGUAUUAUUAGCGUUAAGAGUCACAGCUGUUGAACUUGAAAGACACUACACUGUGGGUCCCUCCAGGGACGCUGCGGUACCCACCUGCCAGGGUCCCCGCGUGCCCCCGAGGCUCCUUCCCUUAGCUGAUCGUUUGGACUCCUUUUGCCGCCGACGUGUUUUUCUCAUGGAGUUUUUUGGGCUCCAGGCACGCAGGGGAGGCACGUGGCAGGUUUUCUACUUGGGGUUGAAUCCUUCAACUUAACGACCGAAGCCUUUUCCUUUCUCCCCUCGAAGAGCCGAUAAAGUGUUCCACUCCUCUUUUCUUGCCAGUACAGACACUAUGCCAAAAAAUAACUUUACAUUUU